AUGGCGGAGAGCGACUGGGACACGGUGGACGUCGCUGCGCAAGAAGGGCCCCCCUCGGCCCAAGGCCCGCAAGUCCCAGCAGGAUGCAAGGAGCGGGGGCGGGGCCGCCCGGCCCCGGGGCCUCGCGUGGGGGCGGCUGUGCCCGGCGCCCCCCGUCUGAGCGCGGCCGCUUUGCUCCCGCAGGCCAUCCUGGCAGCGCAGCGGCGGGGCGAGGACGUGGAGACCUCCAAGAAGUGGGCAGCAGGCCAAAACAAACAACACUUUAUUACAAAGAACACAGCCAAGCUCGACCGAGAAACAGAAGAGCUGCACCAUGACAGAGUUCCCCUGGAGGUGGGCAAAGUAAUCCAGCAGGGUCGGCAGAGCAAGGGCAUGACGCAGAAGGACCUGGCCACAAAAAUCAAUGAAAAACCACAAGUUAUUGCUGACUACGAAUCAGGAAGAGCAAUCCCCAAUAAUCAGGUUAUGGGCAAGAUUGAAAGAGCCAUUGGCCUUAAACUGCGUGGGAAGGAUAUUGGAAAACCACUCGAAACUGGCCCCAAAGGGAAGUGACAACAAAGCCUCGAAAUCAGUUUGUUCAGACUGAUCUCGUCUGGCUGGUUCUCCUUAACCACCAGAAUCUCUCUUCAUAUUGCCAAGCUGAACAAGAGGGUUUCAGACUUGCUUUGGGGGGGAAAUCUGCAGAAUCUGUACCUGCUGUAAAAGGCAACCUUAAAGAAGCGUUUGUCCUGAUUUUGUUUUUCCUUCCUCCUUUCCAGAGAUUGAGGAACUAAACCCAAAAAAAUACUGCAUCUAAUUUGCCACAAAACAUGUGUGUGUCUUGGUGUUUAGAAGCAGCUAAUGUUAAGACACUUGGGGUGGUCUGAAAUGUGAUAAUUUAAUUGGAACAAUUUUGGGGAAGGGUGGGAUAUAUUAUAUAUAAAUAAUUUGGGAGAGUUGAGGGUUGAUCAGUGUCUGCAUUUGAAAUGAUGACUCAGUCACUGCAUUGCAAUGACGUUUUUUCUUUGUUCCUUCCAGCCUGUUUUAAAGAGAUCUAUAAUAAAGUUUGAUACCCUUCAGGUGCA